UCGGAGAACGAGUGGGUGGCACAGAGCAGCAAACAGGGAUCAGCGGCGGCAGCGCUGACCGGAGACUCACAGGAGCCUUCGGGGGAGGGGACAGGGACCGGCCAGGAGGAACAGCCACCGUGCAGGAUGCUUUUGGGAGCAGGUGCUGAGAGGAGAAAGGCAGGAGGUGCCCCAGAGCCCGCGAGGGGUGGGCAGGGGGACAGCCCAGCUUCCCUUCCGCCGCUCCUGAAGAUUUUGGGAUCGCUCAACAGACCAUGAAUGGAUCCUUUUUCAACCAGACUCCCUCCUGGGAGCAGGGAGCUGACCCCAACAGGACCCAGGGCUUGGGGGUGCUCAUGGCCUGCUGCAACGGGACCAGCGCCGUGCUGGCCACCGACGGCUCCUCGGCGCUGGCCCCCGACGAGAGGAGCCUCUUCAUCACCAGGGUGGUGCAGAUCGCCGUGCUCUGCGUCCUCUCCUUGACUGUCAUGUUUGGCAUCUUCUUUUUGGGCUGCAACUUGCUCAUCAAGUCCGAGAGCAUGAUUAACUUCCUGGUGAAGGACCGAAGACCUUCCAAGGACGUGGGCGCUGCCAUCAUGGGACUUUACUGAGGCUCCUGUAGGCAAGUGAACUGUCUGGACCCGGUGCUGAGAUGCACAUUCCCUGUGUUUGGGGCAGCUGGGGGGGAGUGGGAAGGGAGGGAGGGGUCUUUUAAUCUGUCUGUGUCCACGGGAAAGCAAACCUGUGCUUCCCAACCAACAAACUGUCAGUGUGAAGGGGGAGAUGUCCCCGGAGCUGGGUGAAGCACAGUGAGUGCCCAGCAUCGUGUUGCAUGCAGAAAUGGCUUAAGUUUUGCAUGAAACUUGCAGAAACAGUGAUAAUGUGCAGAUCUGGACUCUUUCCUGCUGUUUCCUUGGAUACUGCUACCUGGGCUUGAGGGCUCAAUUAAAACAAAAUAAAAAAAAAAAAGGCAAAUAACUCGUUACAAAAAGAAAACAAAAGAACAAACUAAAGGGAAAGCAAAAUGCAGGGCAUAGACUUUGUCUUUGGUAGGGGCAGGGAAGUGCCCUGUGGGUUGUACAACCAAGUCUGCAUGCUCCCAAAUGUGUCAGUCCAUGUGUCAGUGUUCUGGACCUUGAGCAUGCACCUUCUGCUAGUUUUGUAACAGGGAAAGCAUGUUCUUCCUUAUUUUUCUGAGCUAUCCUAUUAAAUAAACUGGUACUUUCUUCUUUCACAUUCUGCUGAAGGAAGAGAAGGACCCAGAUAAACACCAACCCCACUCCACCCCCAAAUCAAAAGCAUGCUUGUUUUUGUACACACCAGCCUUUUUUCCCAAGUGCUUUAUUGUUACAGUCCUUGAGGUUUUUGUAGUUUUUUGCAAACUGGUGAACAUUCAGGAAAAAACCAACCUGUUUCAAAAGAA